CAAAUUUCCGUAUCCUUUAGCCGGCUACUAGAGCAGUGGUGCACUUCCAGUUCCAGCCUAGCCUCGCAGGAAUUCAUGAAUAUCUUUAAACCCCAACAAACCCCGGCAUCUGCGGCGGCGUCGGCAUCGGCGUCAUCGCCGUCGCAGCAUCUCCUCCAGCAAGCCUUCAAUUCCCUCCAAACCCACUUCUACGGCUUCCUCGACAACCUGCAGAGCAACCCUCCUCUGAAAAGUAGUCUGUUUGCCAAAGUUCCAAAUGGAAACAAACCGGCCUCUAACAGUUUGAAUGCCAGCACUGUUAAUAGCACUCCCGCCGCUAAAAAUCGAGCUAUGCCUGCUGAAGCUAUCGAGGAGAGACUGGCCGGUGUGCCAGUAUACGCUCUGAGCAACGGUUCCAAAGAAUUUAUUUUACUUUCGGGCGCGAACACUGGGAAAAACCUUGGUUUAUUCUGUUUUAGUGAAGCUGAUGCGAAUUCCCUUCUUGACCAGAUGAAGUCUGUGGACCCAUCCACGGGUUCUGACUCACAAGUGGUUGCUGUCGCUCUAAGCAAGGUUUUUCAGCUUAAAGUUGAUGGUGUGGCUUUAAGACUGAUGCCCGAGGCUUCUCAGAUAAGGAAUGCGUUGGAGGAGAAGAAAAAUGCUGGAGAUCCAAAUGAAUGUUUCCCUGGGGUUCCAGUUUUCCAGUCGAAAAGCUUGAUCCUGAAGAGUCGGAAUAAGCAGUAUCGGCCUGCAUUUUUCAGGAAGGAGGAUCUGGAGAAGUCCCUUUCAAGAGCUUCACAUGAUCAGAGGGUGUUGAAUCCUAUUCUAAGGCAAGGGGAUAUACAGGAUAGUUCGACAUCUUCAUGGGACGAUGUCGUUUUCGUCCCUCCUGGUUUUGAUGUCAAGACCGAUCCAUCUUUGCAACCUUGAGCGCAAACUGAUAAGUAAAUAUUGUACUCUGUUAUGCUGGAAAUUAGCAUGCUUAAUCAUAGGCAAAACCCAAACCGCAGUCAAGAGUACGGACACUGUUGUGAUCCAGUCUAGUUCGUCUUCUUUUAGGGAUCACAGGAUUUGGUUUCAGGUUCAUAUAAUUUUAUUCUGGAUUCAUUGCAAUAUUUUCAAUUUCAAUUGUCAUGUUCUCCUUUCGGGUUUGUUUGGUGCAAUGGAGCAGCUGGGAUAGAUAUGCUUUUGGUUUUUGUACUCUUUCAUCAUGUGUUAGGAACUGGAAACAUGUGGAGGGGACAAUGUUCUUUGUUGUGGAAUCUGAUUAAGGAAUGUUUUCUGUGUUCAGUGGUCGUGAUAGGUGGAUUUCAUCUAGACAUAAAUAACAAACAAUUUUAAUGUAUGCAAUUAUUGUAUAAGAUGGAGA